AUGCAGAAACGGAAGCCGGCUGCUUCCUCGGCGGCCGCCGAACCUCCCGGGGGCCACACGCAGGUGCCGCCCCGCCGGACCGAACCUCGGCAGCGCUCGGCAGCGGCGGCGGCUCUCCGGGCUGGGGCUGGCAGGUACGGGGUGCGGGGGGAGGGGCAGCUGCGGGACGGCUACCGCACCUCCCUCGCGCUCCCAUUGGCCCCCCCGACUCGGCCCGUCUCCCCACCCCGCCCCCGGCGUCACCGGGCUGAGGCCCAGGCGGGGCGCGGGAUGACCGCGGCUGGGGCGGGCAGGCGCCACUUCCCGGGGCCCCGGGGCGCCCGGCCGGGGCUCGGGGCCCGCCUUCCCCCGCGGCGGGCCGGGCCGUCGCCCCCAGGAGCUGCGCCCCCGCCCCCACCACUUCCUUCGGGCCGGGAGAUUUGCAUCGGGAGCGGCUUCCUGCCGGCCGCGCGCAGCUGCUCGCGGCUGGAGGCCGCCCGGCCCGCGCCCACCCCGCCCGCCUUUUGCAGGGAGCGCGAGCUGCAUGCCGAGCGCCGCCGCCGCGCCAUGGACCCCGGCCCGCCCCGCCGCGAGCCCGCGGGCGCCCGCGUCCUGGCCCCGGUGCGCGCCGUGGUCCGGCUGCGCCGCCGCGCGUGCGUCCUGCGCCAGCGGCGCCUCGUGCCGCCGGCCGCGGGGCCCGCCCCGGCGCCGCAGUUCUUCACCUUCGACGGCCCCGCGGCCCCUGCGGCCGGGGCGCCCCGGAGGCGGCGCCGGCGCAGCCGCGCGGUGCUCUACCCCGAGGGCGCGCGCCGGUGCCGGCCGCGAGCCGAGCGCCGCAGCCGCGCGCAGCGCUGCCUCCUGCUGCUCGUGGCCAUCGUGGGCUUCCAGGUGCUGAACGCCAUCGAGAACCUGGACGACAACGCCCAGCGCUACGACCUGGACGGGCUGGAGAAGGCACUGCGGCGCGCGGUCUUUGGGCAGCCGGCGGCCGUGGCGCGCAUCGUGGAGCUGCUGCGGGACUACCUGGCCACACACGUGCACAGCCGUCCGCUGCUGCUGGCGCUGCACGGGCCCGCGGGCGUGGGCAAGAGCCACGUGGGCCGCCUGCUGGCGCGCCACUUCCGCGCCGUGCUGGACGACGGCGCGCUGGUGCUGCAGUACCACGCGCGGCACCACUGCCCCGAGCCACGCGCCGCGCAGCGCUGCCGCGAGGAGCUGGGCCGCCGCGUGGCCGCCGUGGUGGCGCGCGCCGAGGCCGCGGAGAAGACGCCGCUGGUGGUGCUGGACCAGGCGGAGCUGCUGCCCGCGGCGCUGCUGGACGAGCUUCACGGCCUACUGCAGCCGCAGCGCCCGCACCCAUUCCACAAUGCCAUCUACGUGCUGCUCAGCGGCGCGGGUGGCGCCCAGGUCACGCGCUUCGUGCUGCGGAACGCGACCCGCGCACGCCCCGGCCCGCGGCCCGACGAGGAGCUGCGCGCGGGGCUGCGGGCGCUGCUGGCACGCGCACACCCGCUCUGGCAGGCCGCCGCCGUCGUGCCCUUCCUGCUGCUGGACAGGCAUAGCGUGGUCAGCUGCUUCCGCGAGGAGAUGGCUGGGGAGGGCUUCUUCCCUGAGCAGGCCCGCGCCGAACUCCUGGCCGCGCAGCUCAGCUACUACCGCGUGGCCGGCCGGGAGUUCGCAGUCACGGGCUGCAAGCAGGUGGUGGCCAAGGUGAACCUCCUGUAGCAGCAGGACUGUGGCUGCCACGGAGCAAUGUGGCUUUGCCCAAGGCCCUGAGCCUCCCUCCAAUA